AUGUCGCAGGGAGAACAGGCCGCCGCACCGAGUGGAGGGAAGGUGACUUUCCGUAUCAUCCUCACCUCCGAGCGCAACCAGCCGUUCCGCGUGAUCAGCAUCGCUGAGGAGGCGCCCCUCACCGCCGCGCUGCGGUUCGCCGCAGAGGAGUUCGGCAUCGCCUCCGUUGACUCCAUGGCGGCCACAACAAAGGACGGCACCGGCAUCAACCCCGCGCAGACAGCCGGGAGUGUUUUCAUGAAGUACGGGCAGGAGAUACGUCUGAUUCCCCGCGACCGCGUGGGCGCUGUGUCGUGCUGA